CCUGGACGCUGGCGUCUUCAUCCACAUAUCCUACGCCAUCAACUGCCAGCUUCACAUCCAGCUCAAUCCUACCGUGUUCAGUGGCUGCCACUCGCAGGAGGAGUGUGGAUACAGGCGGCUUGGCAUUGUCUUUGCACUGUCACGACUCCGGAAGCGGGUGGGGCGGUUGGGACGAAGACGAACAAACUCCUAUUCCUUACGCCGAAUUCCUUUCCACCAUGUAUUUGCAAACGGCGUGUAGUGCCCCUUAUUCCUCCAAAACUAUCACUUCGUCCUUAAGAUCUUCUCUAAUCGAAAGGAUUAGUCAAUGGGCAUUCAAUCCCCAUGAAUUGACUGAGGACCAAGUUUUGGCCUGUGUUUUUUAUCUCUUUGAACUCCUGUUUACUAUCGAGGGGAUGGGAGAGGAUCUGGGACUAGAAGCGGAGAGUCUCACAUCCUUUCUUCUUGCGACAAAGUCGAUAUACAAUCGGGAAAACGCCUAUCACAACUUUCGACAUGCGCUCGACGUGCUGCAAUCGAUGUACAUUUUCCUCAACGAAGGUGGCUGCGUCCCACAUAUUUCUAUUUUAUUAACCCCUUCUGCGAGAAGAUGGACCAGAAAUGGGUCGUCACGAGGACACCUGCAAGGCAUGUUAUCAAAUGUUGACGUCUUUACAUUGUUCGUGGCCGCCUUAGGCCAUGAUGUGGGACACCCUGGCGUUAACAACGCGUUUAUGAAAAAUGCCUCAACACCAGUUUCUGUCAUAUAUGACCAUAAUUCCGCUCUCGAACAAAUGCAUUGCGCAUUACUAUUACAGUUAAUGAGGAAUACGGGCCUAGGUCAUCUCAUAACGUCGUUCUUGCCACCAACCAAUGGUCAGGAGACCGUCAAUAUCCGAGACCUCCUCGUUGGGACGAUUUUGGCAACAGAUAUGGGAAUUCAUGGCGAUUGGAUGCGUCGCUUCCGGGAACACAUUGAAGGUCCGACCAAGUGCAACAAGCUGCUGGUUUGCCAGGCAUUACUAAAAUGUGCAGACAUCAGCAAUCCGUCUCGUCCACAUGAAAUAUCCGAAGUUUGGUCAACAUCGCUUAUGUAUGAAUGGUCUAAACAGGCCGAACUGGAGAGGUCUCUUGCUCUCCCUGUAUCUGUACCUCCGAAUCUCCCUCCCUCGCACCAGCUAACCCUCCGUAUUUCUGAGCUUUCAUCGUCCUCGAAAAAGCAAAGGCUGCACAUCAGCAAUUUAGCCUCCUUGUCUCCCUCCGAUGUUCAAGCCGCAGUUCAUCAGGCGAAAGGACAGCUCUUCUUCAUUAACGGGUUUUCUUCCCCACUGUUCACUUUAGUGUCCGCAUACAUCCCCGAGAUUCGUACGUUUUCUGACUGUUGUCUCGACAAUAAGGCGCUAUGGGAGCAACGUCUUAAAGAACUGGAUGAGCACGCGAAAACAAUUGCAUCAAGAUCAUCCGCCACCAACAAUGCACCAUUGCUCUCCACCUUUACUUUCCCCUCACGCUCUCACUCAACCCAAGGUUAUUCUAAUGCAUCCACACCUAGACAUCAAUACCCUCACAAACCGACUUCACUCGUGUCGCUCUCCCCGCUUUAUCUGCCCUCUGUGUCCAGGUCCAGCCGCCCUUCGUCCAUCUCAUCCCUAUCUACGACGUCGUCUACAUCCUCAUAUCAUUCUGCGCUUUCUGCCCUUGAUGGAGUUUCCAGGCCGUGCUCACCACGACCACGACCACGGAAUGAGUCAUGGUCUACCGCCAUGUCCCUCAUGGUAAUUCCCGGCGAUCCCUUCCUGAAUAUCGACGGUGACAGUUGGCGAGCGUCUUCUAUCAAGCGAUCUCAUUCGACAAAUCGGGUGUACCCGAACAAAGAUGACUUGGAUUUGGAUAGCGAAGAUCGAAUGAAUGAUAUCAGGCGGAUCGGGAAGGGCCUCGAAGCGAUGCGUGCUGCCUAUCGAUCGAGUUGCAGGAAGAAGCCGGGGAAGGGUCUUGUUGCAAUUGGAGCGACUAUGGAUGACGGGAGAUUUAGGAGGCGUUGGUCCGUUGCCUGGCCUACCCCAGACCGUGAUAGCCCUCAUGUCUGUGGAGACUUUUCGAUGUCCUUGACGGAGAUCGGAGCAAGGUGACGACCAUUGGGGCCUUAGAUGCACCGAGUUUACCCCUGUUUUGCGUCAACAAUUCCCCUCAUGGUCGUCUCAGUUUUUGGGGAUCUCGAUGAUUUUUUUUUUGGAAUGAGCAAUAUGAUUUCCAUGCUUGUCACCAUGUACAAACUUAUCAAUGUAGCAUGCUCAGGUUGUCCAAGCUAGCUGCGUCGACGGAGGUUGUCACCUGUAAUUCGUCAGACGAGUAUGUACUUCACUGUAGCGAAUCUAGAGCCCCUGAUUGAAUGGGAAAAAUGACAAGGUCCUCUGAAAAUGC